AUGUCAGGCAUCUCCCCACCAUCAGAAGACCGAAGCCGAAGCCGAGCAUCCGGGGAAUCCUCCUUUAGCGACCCAGAGCUUUUUAGCGGCCAGGCCUUGGUGCCAGCUGCGGCAACCAUUCUUAGGAUUAACCAGCCUACCCCCGCACCACAAAGGAGUGAAGGGUAUAGCUCGUCCUCCGCGGCGUCUCCCCCACAAAGGGGUCCCGAACUUAGCGCAACACAAGCCACCUUUAUUGCAGGUGCCGCCGUGACACACGCCCACCACGCCUCCGGCGUUGCCUUGGGUGCUGCGUCCCUCGCGCACCAGGCUGCAGAAAGGGAACAGCAAACAGUUGCUCAAGCAAGGGAGGCUGUAAUGCAAGCAGGCUUCCAAGCUGCAGCGGCCGAGGCACAGUACCGCGACGAGGCCCAGUCGAUCGCACGAGCUGCGCAGGGUAUCGUGGAUGAUGCUAGGUUUCGAGAAGCCAGCCUUAGGCAAGAAGCCCAAUCUGCCAUUGACGCCACCAAUCGUGAGGCUCAACAACGGGUCUCGGUGAUUCAAGGUGAGGCCCAGCAAGCCAUAGCCCAAAGCAACCAUUCAGCCCAAGCUAGGAUUAGGUUAGUUGAGGGUGAGGCCCGGGGUUUAUCAGAAGCUCUUCGGCAAGCCACUUUGGCACGAGAGCAGGCUGAGGUUGAUAGGCAGGAAGCGGUUCAGCGUUUACAACAACGUGACGCUGAUAUCAUGAGGCUGGCCGGCGAGAUGGAGAUCAUGCAGCGACGCCACGAGGAGGCAAUGGCCGUUAUGGCCGAGCGGUACCGUGACCUUUCUGCUAAACUCGUGGAGAGUAGCAACACGCAGGCCCCACGAACUCCAACUAGAGCCCGUCUUGCCUUUCCGGAGAUGUCUUUCUCCCCGGAUACGAGUCGAAAUGAUACGGUCCAACAACCCAACACCCCUGUAGUGGAGCCAGUGCUUGGAGAACAAGAGACCCUAGGCACCCCGCUUGUCGAACAGCCGACAGGCGAGAGCGAUGCACUCCAAGAGGGUGCAGCCGCCGGCGCACCAGGGGGGGAGGCCAGCACAGGACCUCCCGAAGAUCCACAGCCUACUUCAGUAGACCAAAGGGUUGAUGAAUUGGCUAAGUUGGUUUCCGAUCUAGCGAAGUUGGUCGCAGCUAGUGCCGCGCAGUCUGGUAGUGCAGCCGCGCCUUCGGGUGCAGCCCCAAGCGCACCAGCAGAAGCACAGUCCGACCCAUCACCUCAGGUACCCACGUUGAACCUAGGAGGCACCGCUCAAGUUACAGCGCCACCAGGCUCACCAGGAUCAGGCGGAUCAUCCAGCUCAUCGUCCUCAUCUGAUUCCUCAGCAAGGUCCGAGCACCCAGCAUGUAGGAUGUGUGGUUCUAAGAAACACGCAGAAGAGGAGUGCCCAGAGCUCACCUGCAACAAAGAUGGAGGUGAUGAUCCAGCCCCUGACGGUGAUGGGGCCGCAGCUUCAAGCGCGGCGGCUCCGAAGACCAAUGCAGAGCUUGAGGAGGACACCAUCAGAGUGAAAUCGCUUUCUGAUUUAUCCUUCCCAAACCCGCCACAAAACGCAGCGCAAGCGAGAGGGUUUGUGAAUCAGACCUUGAUGGCCAUUGGAAAACUCCAGAACACCCCAGGCGAUGAGGUGUACAUCUGGGCACAAGAUUGCCUAAAGAAGGAGCCUGCCGCACUUUGUAAGGAUGGGCGCUUCCCUCGCCUUGACCGCGAGAUCGCCGCUAAGCUUAUCAAAGUGUGUCGCCACGGUCGUUUCGGGUUGCUUUUCCAGCAGAUGGUCGAGUCUGAGAGGCUCAAGUCGGGUGGCAUGCCCAAUGGUCGCUGCAUGUUGCGCGCCAUUUAUCGGCACUUCCAGCUGGAACGUGACCGCAUGGGAAUGUUAGCAGAACGCAACCUUCUGAACAUUAAGAUUGGAGGGGAUGGUAUUUCCCAUCUGGAGGCAUUUCGUGAUAAGUAUCACUACGUCGCCAAUACCAUUCCUGUAGAGGAUCUCCCUAAGGACAGUACGAUCUUCAAUCAUCUGAUCGAUGAGUUCGAAAAGGUUUCAGUUCUUAAGCCCAAGGUAGAGAAGGCGAGGGAAGCAAGACCGGGAUCACACCGUCGCACCGCCGCAUGGUUGUGGAACCGCGUGGACAUUGCAAUCGACUUGCACCAGCAGCGUGUCAAUCGACAGGAAUUCGAUAAGUCCUUGCAACAGAAGCCAGAGACCUUGACUUCCACCUCCCAGCCUUCAAAGCCAAGUGUGCCCGCAACACCUGCACCGGGUGCUGCCGCAGGCGCACCGAAAGGAGGCACUGCCGACAAGCCGCUGAAGAAGGAGAAGAAAAAGAAGAAAAAGAAAAAGAAAGACGAGGGCGAACCCGAGGUCGAGGUCCCAGGCGCACCUGCCCCAAAGGGUAAGGGCAAAGGCGGAAAGGGCGGAAAGGGCAACGGAACACCACGAAGCCCAAAAGGUGGUGAUACGACGCCCAGAUCUGCUCAGGCCAAAAGCGCCAGGAACAUGACCCCGGAGGAGAAGGCCAAGACACCGUGUAUGUUUUGGGCGUUCGGCGCCUGCAAAGGCGACCCCUGUCCGUUCCUUCACGACAGCAAGAACAAGUACACUGGUCCUAAGCCCAAGUCACUUGCAAAGCCAGACGCUAAGGCUAAGCCUAAGGCAAAGGCGAAGGCGAACGCUGCAACGGCACCGUUAAUCAAUGCUCUCCCCGCCGAGCUGAACCAGGAUGGCAAGAUCACCUGGCUUUGGGACACGGCAGCAGGUAGGCAUUUGAUAGGUCGCCAGGCGCUUUCCUCCAAAGCCCUUUCCUGUGUCACCCGCUCCGAGACACCUGUUGGUUUUGCCACUGGUGGCGGCGCGCGUGAAGGCACUCACAGCCUCGCGUUUGAGGGCAGCCGGUUGUUACCUUCAGAGGAGCAAGUCUACGUACUUAAGGAGUGUCCGCCAGCCUUUUCUGUAGGUAAAGCUGUCCUUGACGAGGGAUCCUUGUUUGUCUGGGACCCUCGAGACCACCGUCCGUACUUCGUGAAGAAAGAGGACGUGCACCGCUGCAAGCUUCGUAUCCCGCGCAAAGCGAGGAUCAAUGCGACCAGGGUCGUAGAAUAUGUUCCCCAGUUCGAGGAGACAUUGCGCCCGGCAGUAAGGGAGCAAAGCCCAAGCCUAAGCCCCGUUACUGCAUCGGCAUCCCCUGCGCCGAAGGAUGAUGAUACUGUGUCGUUCAGCGAUUUCGAGGUCGCAGAUCUUGAAGAGGCUGAGGCAAGCUAUCCCCGCACAACCUCUGGCGAUUAUGAUUGGGAAGCCGACGUCGUCGAGAAGCAUGCAGAGAAGAAGGCUGAAGCGAAGCGGCUUUUUCGCGAAGGCGCUGUAGGUGAGACAGCUGCCAGUGAGAGCUCCGAAGAAGAACUCUUUCCUGAACUCUUCAAGGGAAAGCCCGCAGGUACGCAGCAGCCCGCCGAAGGCACAACAGCCAAGGAGGCUGCCUCAGGCGCCUCUAGUUCGCGUGAGGGGGCUGCUCCAAGCGCCCCUUCCACAGAGCAACCACCGCUGGUGCCACCUCCUCCAGAGCCUCACUCUAAGACCGAAGAACUUAGAGCCGAAGCCACGUCUGAGAAACACCUUAGGACCCACUUUCCUAAGAAUCCCUUUUGCAAGAUCUGUCACAUCGCCAAGACCACCUCAAUGCGUGUGGCUCACAAGCCCGAUGCCAAGGCAGAUGACAUGAUUGAUGUUCCCACUGCACCGUUUCAACAGCUCGCCACUGAUGAUGUCAUCAUGGCCAAAGGUGACGAACACCGGGGCAUAGGAACCGGCGGAGUUCUUGAUUACAAUGACUUUCGCGGCAAACGCAACACAUCUGUUCAUGAUGUCCCAGAACCUGAGCUGUACAUCGAAGACGGUCCGCCCAUCUUCCCUGUUGCAAACGCUACCCGUAAGGCGCUAGUCGACGGCUCCACUUUGAGUGCUGCCUCUGGCACACUGCCCGAGAUCCCAUUGCGGGAGAUUCCCUUUGCUCUUGAAAGCAUCGGGCCGCCGGCGCUGCCUUGCCACCGUGCACUGCCAGUGCCACGAGUCACCUCUGGGUAUCUCUGCCCUGCACCUCUGGAUGCCAAUGGCAUCGCGUUCAGCUCAAGAGGGGCGGCUCGGGGAAAGGAUCUUGAACUCACUGGGUUGUACACGCAAGAGAUGUGUGAGCGCAUCGCCUUUGCCAUCAACCCCAGUAGGGCCUAUAUCUCGGUUCCUGCGAUGCCGAUCUUACCCACUUCCACAACCAUUGAACACCGCGAAAAGGAACAGGAACUGAAGCACGUUUCCGCUCUCAGCGGAUACGAGGACCUUGCCGCCGUAAUAGAGUCCGACCAGGAGGCUUCUAAGCUCGUAGAAGAGGUCGUCGACCUUUCCGCCCUUAUGUGUGCAGUUCAUGGCAUACCUAAGGAAGCACCCUCAAAGGAGGUGUCUGCAAUGGUGACGAAACUUCUCUCUCGGGCCGAAAUGCUCUCCUCACCUGAGGCCCUCAAUGCGGUGAAACAGGAAGCAGACGGUCUUCGCGCAGUUCCAGUGUGGGACGAAACGAACCCGCAGGAAUACGCUAGCGUCCAAGCGCAAGCGCGCCGCACGGGCACUAAGGUACACUUCGGCAAGCUGAUGAGCAUUGCGUCCAUCAAGUUUUGGGAACUUGCCAAGCACCUUCAGAAGGUUAAAGGCCGAAUCGUGUACCGGGGUGACUGUGCGAAGGACGAAGAGGGCGCCGCAGCGGUUUACAGAGAGUUAGGUGCAAACCCCACCUCUGUUCAGGGACUUAAUGCCUGUUUAGCUUACGGUAGCUUACCUGGCCAUCAGUCCAGUGCCGCAGACGCCGUCAAAGCGUAUGUGCAAGCUCUCCUUAAAUCCAAGUACCAAACUUGGAUAGAGCUACCACCUGAACUUCGUCCUGCUUGGUGGCGUGAGUGUUUUGCAAAACCAGUAGUGCUGCUUCUACGCGCACUGUACGGCCACCCAGAAGCGGGCGGACUGUGGGAGAAACACCUUAAGGAGGUUCUUAGGAAUAUGGGUGGACAAGAACUGCCGGAAUAUCCAGGUAACUUUUGGUUUCCUGAGACUAAGCUCCUUCUUUCCACUUAUGUAGAUGAUCUUACCCUCUCUGGACCACAGGAGGAGCACCAACCGUUUUGGGAUGCUUUAUGUAAGGUUGUUGAUGUAGAACCCCCGGAGCCUGUGUAUAGGAUCUUAGGCCGCAACCAUUGCACUAUCAACGCCGAGCCCGAAGGCACCGAGAAUGCUGCCCUAGGCGCAUUAAAGGGUGCCAUGGCGUUUGAUAUGUUUGAUUACGCACAGCAGACAGUAGACCUAUACAAGGGCCUUACUGGCCUUAAGACUCUAAAGCAUGCUGCCACACCUUUCGCUCCUGAGGCUUCACUUCCAGUAAGUCAAGAGGAGAUUGCUGGGGAGCUGGCUCCUAACGCAUGUAAGGUGCUGAUGAAGGCCCUUUGGCUAGGCAGACUUGCACGUCCUGACUUAGUCAAGCCGAUAGGUGACCUCGCGACCAAGGUGCAAAAGUGGUCGAGGAACGAUGAUAAGAAGCUUCUUCGCCUGAUAAGCUACAUCGAUUCCACUAAGACCCACCGCCUUGUAGGCACUGUAUCGGACGGGCCAAGGGAGCUGCAUCUUGCGCUCUACGUUGAUGCCGACUUUGCAGGGGAAAGGGACGAUGCCAAAUCCACCAGUGGAGGUUUCUUAGUCCUAAAAGGUCCCAACACCUUCUUUCCUCUUGCAUGGGUGUCCAAGCGCCAGACGUCUGUGAGUCGCAGUACCACAGAGUCCGAGAUUGUGUCUUUAGCUCAUAGCCUCUUCCAAGAAGCACUUCCGGCAUUGCAGCUCUGGCAGACCAUCCUCGACUAUCCGAUCAGGUUAGUCAUUCAUGAGGACAACCAGGCUACGAUCCUAGUUGCGAAGAAGGGCUAUUCGCCAAAGCUUAGGCACAUAGCGCGCACCCAUAAGGUCAAUCUGGGUUCCAUCUCUGAGGUGAUUGAUGAGGAUGAUGUAGACAUUGAGUAUGUCGAUACAAACUUGCAGGCUGCCGACAUCUUCACUAAAGCACUUCCACCGCAAAAGUGGGGUAAUGCGUUGAAGUUGUUAGGCAUGCGCCAGAAGCUUCCCGAGAUUCUGGUAGACACGAGACAGCUCAAGACCAAAGCCGGUAGUGGCCCUACCACCUCUCCCACUUCGGGGUCUAGUCCCAAGUAG